ACUAGUUUGUAAAACGAAAAAAAAACCAAGAACGAGAUGAGUGGUCCGGCUAUAGUUGCCUGUUUAUGUGCGUUCAGUAUCUUUAUAAAUGGAGCAACUACAGAAGGACCGUGGAACGAUCAGCCUCAGGGAUAUGCAUGGCAAAAUCCAUGGUUGCCACUAGUGCCAAGGCCUGUGGGACUAGUACGCCCAGCCAGAUUACAAUCAAGCUCAUUACCUAAAACAUUACCAGCAAGAAUGGACUGGCCUCGUGAUGGUCUCAUCCCUUCAGUUACUUCAGGGCAGUAUUGGAAAUCACCACAAUCAAGACUGAGUUAUGGACAGGAUUACGAUGUUAUUCAACCACUAGGAUCCAGCAUUCAGCCGCUAGAAUCUAGCAUUCGACCAUUAGCAUCUAGGAUUUCUAAUUUCCAACCACUAGGAUCUAACAUACGAUCACUAGAAUCUAGUAAUCGACCAUUAAGAUCUAUCAUUCUACCGACAGUGACUAAUAAUCAACCAAUUCAAUCUAGUUUUCAACCACUAACAUCUAAUAUUCGACCUCUAGAAUUUAACAUUCGACCACUACAAUCUACCUUUCAAUCACUAACAUCCAAUGUUCAACCACUAGGAUCUAACAUUCUACCACUAGGAUCUAGCGUUCGACCAUUAGAAUCUAUCAUUCGACCUCUGCAAUCUACUCUUCAAUCACUAACAUCCAGUGUUCAACCACUAGGAUCUAGCAUUCGACCACUAGAAUCUAACAUUAUACCACUAGAUUCCAGCAUUCGACCAUUAGAAUCUUCACUUGAAUCUAGGAUUCGACCACUAGAACCUAACAUUCUACCACUAGGAUCCAAAAUUUCACCAUUAGAAUCUUCACUUGGACUUAGCAUUCGACCACUAGAAUCUAACAUUUUACCACUAGAUUCCAGAAUUCGACCAUUAGCAUCUUCACUUGGACCUAGCACUCGACAAAUAGAAUCUAACAUUUUACCACUAAGUUCCACCAUUCGACCAUUAGAAUCUUCACUUGGACCUAGGAUUCGACCUUUAGAAUCUAUAAUAGAUGAAAUGGUAUCCCCAGUGAUACAAUACCAACCAACCACAACAGAAGUUGAACCGAUAGAGGUAUUAUUUGAACAACCAGGUGAAAAUGUAGUAAUAAUAGAUAAUGCAAUGGAUCGACCAGAAGCAGUAGUUUUAUCAACAGCAACCUACGGGACACUUGGAGUACCAGGUUAG